GAAUCAUGUUGGACAGAUGCUCUUGGUGAAACCCCCUGUGAAGGUGUCCACAUCUUAUUUUCAUACCUCUUCCCUGAUUGACUACUCACAUUUCACUUUUGUCAUUAAUGCUCAGCGAACCUUUUUUGUCUGCUCCUCAUCAAUUGUGUCAAGUUGUCAUCAUGAGCCUUUGACAUACCAUGUUGUUGCCAGAGACUUCAGUGUCAAGACAUAUCACUUCUCUAAGGAAUCCUCCAAGCUUGAGGGUGCUGUAAAAAAUGCUAAAGAAAGCAAGCUUGAGCAGGAGAAGAAUAAGGAGAUUAUUGUUCCGAUUCAGCAAUCUCUAGAGGAAAUUGUAGACAAGAAACCAAAGCGCUCUAUAUGGGACAAAGUGGUAGAUGAAGUGAAGCAUUACUAUCAUGGCUUUCGACUACUCUUCAUAGAUGUGAAGGUUUCUGCAAAGCUCAUUUGGAGGGUGCUUCAUGGUGAGGAUUUGUCUCGUCGGGAGUCAAAACAGUUGGUGCGAACCGUGUCAGAUCUCUUCCGCCUGCUUCCCUUUUCAAUAUUUAUCAUAGUGCCUUUUAUGGAGUUACUGCUGCCUGUUGCACUGAAGUUAUUCCCCUCCAUGCUCCCAUCAACCUUUCAGAGUGAAAAUGACAAGGAGCUGAAAAUCAAACGGCAGCUAAAAGUGAAGCUGGAGAUGGCUAAGUUUCUUCAGACAACACUGGAUGAAAUGGCUGCUCAAGCUGUCAAUGAGAGACAGUCUGAUAAAGCCAAGAAUUUUGCCUUGUUUUUUGAACAGGUGCGCCGUAAAGGUGGCCAGGUUACCAAUGAGGAGAUUAUAUCUUUCUCCAAGCUCUUUGAGGAUGAAAUCACUCUUGAUAAUCUUACCCGUCCUCAGUUGGUUGCUCUGUGUCGUGUGCUAGAAAUACAACCCAUAGGAACAACCAACUUCUUGCGAUUCCAUCUCCGAAUGAAACUUCGGGCCCUGAAAGCAGAUGACAAGAUGAUUCAGAAUGAAGGGAUUGAAUCCUUGACCAUCUGGGAGUUGCAACAGGCCUGUAGAACUCGUGGUAUGAGAGCAUAUGGUGUGUCCCAGGAAAGGCUAAGAUCAAUGCUUAGCCAGUGGCUUCAGCUGAGCCUGAAUGAAAAAGUUCCAGCCUCUCUCUUACUUCUAUCACGAGCAUUGUUCUUGCCUGAAGAUCUUCCCACAGAGGAUCAGCUUAAAGUUACCAUCUCUCAGCUUCCUGAAGAAGUUGCACAAUCUGCUCGCGUGGCACUGCGUGAACGUGAGGGGAAAAUCAGUAACUUGGAGCAGCUGGAAUUGAUCAAGACUGAGGAAGCAAUCAUUGCAAAGGAAAGAGAGGAGAGACGAGUGGUGGAAAAGCGGAAGCAGCAAGAGAAAGACAGGAUCCAGGAGGAAUCAUUGACAGCUGAGCAGGUGCUUCAGGCUGGUGCUAAAGCUCUUCCCAGUCCUCAUGAGCCCACAGCUAAGGCCCCAGAGCUUAUGAAGGAUGUGGCAACACUGUUGGAAGACAAAGCCCCCAGCAUGUCUAUGGAGACAGGUGAAGAUCACACCUUAGUUGUCACACCACAAGAUAUAGAAACUCUUGAGGGAGCAAUUGAGAAGCUCUCAAAGGACAAGAAUAAACUAUGGGUUGAGAGAGAAGAAUUGGAGAGUAUGAGGGCUGAGCUCUCAGACUACAGUGAGGAUGUUCAAGAUCUCCAAGAACUCCUGAAGCUGUCCAAAGGAGAAGUGAAGGAAUUACGAGAGCGGACUGCUGCCAAAUUUCUCUUCAAGAAGGUAAAUUCAAUGAUUGAAAAGUUGGAUCGUGCUAUCAGCAGCCUAGAGGUGGGGCGCCAUGAGAAGCAGGAGACCGCAAUUGGAGAUGUUAUAAUUUCUUUUCAGAGUAAUCUACUAUGGAAACUCCAAAAUUAUGAAACUGAGUUUAUAUUUGCCUCUAUGUGUGAUUCUUGCAGUUCAGAGCUGAUCAAGAUUGAUGAGAUGAUCGAUGCUAUACAAAAGGUUCAGCGCAUCCCUAAUCAAAAGAAGCUGGAAUUUGUUGCUGAAGUUCUCAGCCACCUUGACACUGAUCAUGAUGGCAGGAUCCAUGUCUACCAAGUGUUGAGAGUGAUAGAUUUACUUGGUGAGGAGGAUGUUCAGAUCUCAAAGAAUCAGAUCCUCCAGAUCAUAGACCUGGUAGACAAGGAGCAUCUCUUGGAUAUGGAAGAAAAGCUGCAGAAACUGACUGAGAAGGAGAACCAAGUGAAAGCCCUACUUGUAGAAUGCAUGAAGGAUGGUGAUACCUCUGAAUUCAAAAAGGAGGAUGAUGGGGAGCCAAAACCUCCAUCUGCGUCUGCAUCCUCAGCUUCUUCCUCAACAAGUGGGAGCUCAGGACCUCACCCUACUGAAUCUCAAGAGCAGGAGAAAGUCAAGGCCAGUAUAGCAUCUGGCUCUGAGGUAUUGCCCAAAUCCACUGUAGUGCUGGUUCGGGAGCUGGAGAAGAAACUUCGAGAUGGGCAGCGCCCUUCCUCAUCAUCAUGAAGCAUGUAUUGUCUGUCUUGGCUCGUAUUUCUAUUUUUUUUGCAUUUCUUUUUAGGGUGCAUUGAUCCCUGAGGAUCUUUUGCAGAUCUUUCAGUAAGAUUCUGAUUGUAUGAAAUGAAAUUUGUUGCACUCAAUGGAAUUGCUACAGGACCAAAUGGUAAUUGUUUAGGUGCGUUGGAUGACUGCAGUUGUUCAAAAGUUCCUCAGAGGUCUGCAUGAGAAACAUUGCUUGGUAUAAUUUAGCCAAUUUUCUCUCUUCUGUUUCCAAAAGGAUUCUCUUAGAGAGUAAUGAACACUGCAUCUCUUGGAGCAGACUUUGCUCAUCAUGUGAUGUAUCCCCAGUGCAAAGCCCACUGUCUGUAAAUGUAGUUCUAGUCACAUUCCAUUUUUUUCCCCAUUCCACUCUCCUUGCAUCAUAGCAUAUGCAGUACUGUAUGAACUUAGAUGGCAUUCUUCAUCUUGAAAUUGUGAUUCUCUUAAAAGUCG